UGUCACGAGGUCACACGAUCACGGAAAAUUCGGAAUUGCAACUUGCAAGAGCGCAGUUAUAGUACCAAACUAACCAAAGUUAGCACAUUCGUUUAUAUAGUCAGUACUGUACCUUCGAGUACUGAGCCCUCUUAGGUAGACAUAAACGUCUCAUUACAAUGUCGUAUUCUAGAGCUUUGUCAUCUAAAACGUUGCCAUUCUUGGAGAAACAACUUGCGUAUAUUGGUGGCGAGUGGUGCAAAGCGGCAGAUAAUGCGACUUUUGAAGUAAAAAAUCCUGCCAAUGGCGAAGUGCUUGGAAGUGUGGCCAAUGUCGGUAAAGCUGAGGCUCAAGAAGCUGUGUCGAAAGCCAGUAAUGCGUAUCAUACUUGGAAAAAAACAACAGUGAAGGAAAGAUGUUUGCUGAUGAAAAAAUGGUACAGAUUACUUAUGGAGAAUAUAGAAGAUAUUGCUAAGCUAAUAACAUUGGAAGCAGGUAAACCUGUUGCACAAGCUCGUGGUGAAAUUGCUUAUGGAGGUUCAUUCAUUGACUGGUUUGCUGAAGAAGCGAAAAGAACAUAUGGUGAUAUUAUUCCAACCCAUGUUGCUGGACGAAGACUUCUUGUGGUCAAGGAAGCCUGUGGAGUGGCUGCAUUAUGGGUGCCGUGGAAUUUUCCAUUAGCAAUGUUAACCCGUAAAGCAGCUCCUGCAUUAGCAGCUGGUUGUACAGUGAUUUGUAAACCAUCCGAGGACACCCCAUUUACAGCUUUGGCACUUGCACAGUUGGCAGAGGAAGCAGGUAUCCCACCUGGUGUGUUCAACGUUCUGCCUUGUUCGCGUAGCAAUGCACCAGAAGUAACUGAUGUAAUCAUGAACAGUGCCCUGGUAACAAAUUUCUCAUUUACAGGAUCAACAGAAACUGGACAGCUGAUGUUGGAGAAAUGUGCAAAAACUGUUAAGAAGACAUCAAUGGAACUGGGAGGAAAUGCUGCCUUCAUUGUGUUUGAUAGUGCUGAUGUUGAGGCUGCAGCAAGGAAUGCUGCUGCAUCAAAAUUUAGAAACAGUGGACAGGCUUGUGUGGCAACAAACAGAAUAUUUGUUCACGAUACCGUAUACGAAGAAUUCGUUGGGAAAUUUGUAGAAAACGUAAAAAAGUUGGUGGUUGCAAAUGGAAUGGACGAGGACUCGGAUGUUGGUCCUUUGAUUAAUGCUAAGGCUAUUGAAAAAGUAGAACGCCAUGUGAGCGAGGCAAUACAGCUUGGUGCAAAAGUUGUGUGUGGAGGAAAGAAGAGUAAUUUAGGUGGAUCAUUCUUUGAGCCAACUGUACUAGCGGAUGCUACUAAUGAUAUGUCUGUAAGUCAAGAGGAGACAUUUGGACCAAUAGCUCCCGUUAUUAGGUUUAAAACGGAAGAAGAGGCAAUCAAAAUGGCAAACGGUACAAAAUUUGGCCUUGCAGGGUAUGUAUUUACUCAAAACAUUAGCCAAGCGUGGCGAGUCAUGGAGGCAUUGGAGGUGGGGAUGGUAGGUGUAAACGAAGGAUUGAUAAGUACAGAAGGAGCUUUAUUUGGAGGAGUAAAACAAUCUGGUUUAGGACGUGAGGGAUCAAAAUAUGGCAUCGAAGAGUUUAUUGAGACCAAGUACGUUUGCCUAGGAGGAAUUAGUCCUUAAUAUAUAAAAAUUGCAAGAUCGG